AUGUUCGGGAUGGAUGUAUUCCGCACAUUUCCAAGCAGCUAUGUGAAAGCUCAGAAUCAUGGAAAUAAGAGAAGGAUUAAAAUAGGAGAUGUUUUAAUUCUCAAGCACGACGGGGACGAAACCCUCCAGACAGGGAAACGUACGAAACCCUCUGGACGAGGAAACGUACGGAUGGAGCAAUCUUGCUUUCUGCCAAAAAGUGGAGACACCAAGCUACUUGGGGAAGAUAAAGAUGAUCUUAACCAGUAUGGAGGAGACACUCACCUACUCAGAUGGAGCCAAAACCAUUCAGCCAAUCACGCAGAGACAUUGAGCUGUUGGAAUGGGACAAAAUUGGUUUGGAUCAAUCGUGCGUCAACACCACCUGCUAGGAGAGAGUGA